GUAUAUAGAUUAGGGCGGCCAACCAUUUACCAAAACAACAGAAAAAAAAUACGCGCAAAAAUUCCAACUUUUCUUAUUAUAUCAUCAAAAUCAAAACUUUUUUCAAAUGAAGACAAUCUUAUUGUCAAACUAUAGAUACACCGUCAUUUCUUUCUUUUAAAUUCUUUUGUUAACUCACUUUGAUAUAUAACAUAUAUAUACCUUUACCACUUUUCGUACAUGAAACUCAUAAAUUCAACAACUAUGGCUUCUCAUAAACAUCACAUUUCAUAUGCUCUAACUCUUUCUUUCCUCUCAAUCUCACUCAUUCUUCUAAUCAUCACUCUUUUCUUCCUUUGUAGAAAAAAACCACCUAAGAAAAAAGAAUCUAUCUCUACUACAAAACUUUGUGUUCAAAAUUUUUCUUUAUCAGAAAUUGAUAUUGCCACCGACAGGUUCAACCCUAGUAGAAUCAUAGGAAAGGGCCGCCUAGGAACCACCUAUGCGGCGGUGUUCGACGAUAAGGAUGACUUAGUGGUUGUAAAGCGAAUUCACCCAUGGUUAGUCUUAAGUAAAGUUGGUCUAGGGUCUUUCCAAGCCAUGAUCAAGUCAUUGUCAUUAGCACAACACCCUAACAUUGUGCCUAUAUUAGGGUUUUUGGAGGCGCCGGGCGAAAGGAUGAUAAUAAUGGAGUAUGUAGGCACAAUGAGCUUGGAUUUCUACUUGCAUCAAAAUAUUGAUGGACCAUCCUUGUUAGGUUGGGUUCAAAGGGUUAGCAUUGCAGCCGGUAUGGCGCGAGGGCUCGAGUAUUUGCAUGAGAAGAUGGCACCUCAAGUAGUCCAUGGUUGUAUUAAGCCUACUAAUGUGUUGGUUGAUGUGAAUUUUUGUGCAAAGUUUUGUGAUUAUGGGUUGUCUUUUUUGGCUGCAAAACAAGAAAAAAUGGGUGUUUUAGGGUAUGUUGAUGAGGAGUUUUGGUUAGAAAGGAAUAAAAGUAGUGGUGCUUGCAAAGAAAGUGAUGUUUAUGGGUUUGGUGUGGUGUUGUUGGAACUUUUGACUGGAAGGACAAGUGAGGGAGGGUUGCUUGUUAGAUGGGUUUUGCCUUUGAUUAAAGAAAUGAAGUUUAAUGAGUUUUUAGAUGCAAGAAUUAAGAUGCCUACUAAUAUGAAGCCAAUUGUUAGAUUGGCUAAAGUUGCAUUAGCUUGUGUUGGUAAUUCUAGGAAAACUAGGCCUAAAAUUUCACAAAUUGUUUGCAUCUUGGAUAACUUGGAUAUGAAUAUAGGUCUAUAACUAUUAUUUGAAGUUAAUCAUAUGUUUUUGUAGAUUAGUACUACAUGUAUAUAAUACUUUCCC